CGGGAAGAGUGCUCGGGCCCCCCCGCCCCCGGGAAGUGCGCCUGGGCCGGGGACCCGGUGUCCUCACCGUCGGACUAAGGCAGGGACUUGGGGGGGCCGGCAGGGCGCGUUGCGCUGUGCCCCCGCCGGCACCCUGGCCAUGACGGGCAAGUCGGUGAAGGACGUGGAUAGGUACCAGGCGGUCCUGGCCAACCUGCUGCUGGAGGAAGAUAACAAGUUUUGUGCGGACUGCCAGUCUAAAGGGCCUCGAUGGGCCUCCUGGAAUAUUGGUGUGUUUAUCUGCAUUCGAUGUGCUGGAAUCCACAGGAAUCUGGGGGUGCAUAUAUCCAGGGUAAAAUCAGUCAACCUCGACCAGUGGACACAGGAACAGAUUCAGUGCAUGCAAGAGAUGGGGAAUGGAAAGGCGAACCGACUUUAUGAGGCUUACCUUCCUGAGACCUUUCGACGACCUCAGAUAGACCCAGCUGUUGAGGGAUUUAUUCGUGAUAAAUAUGAGAAGAAGAAAUACAUGGACCGGAGUCUGGAUAUCAAUGCAUUUAGGAAAGAGAAGGAUGACAAGUGGAAAAGAGGGAGUGAACCAGCUCCAGAGAAAAAACUGGAACCUGUUGUUUUUGAGAAAGUGAAAAUGCCACAGAAAAAAGAAGAUUCACAGCUACCUCGGAAAAGCUCCCCCAAAUCCACAGCACCUGUCAUGGACUUGUUGGGCCUUGAUGCUCCUGUGGUCUGUUCCAUUGCAAACAGUAAGACCAGCAAUACCCUAGAGAAGGAUUUAGAUCUUUUGGCUUCUGUCUCUUCCCCUUCUUCCAGUUCCAGAAAGGUUGUAGGUUCCAUGCCAACAGCAGGGAGCGCUGGUUCUGUUCCUGAAAACCUGAACCUGUUUCCAGAACCAGGGAGCAAAACAGAAGAAACAGGCAAGAAACAGCUCUCCAAAGACUCCAUCCUUUCACUGUAUGGAUCCCAGACGCCUCAAAUGCCUGCCCAAGCGAUGUUUAUGGCUCCUGCUCAGAUGGCAGCGUAUCCCGCAGCUUACCCCAGCUUUCCUGGGGUCACACCCCCCAACAGCAUCAUGGGGAGCAUGAUGCCGCCACCAGUAGGCAUGGUGGCCCAGCCAGGAGCCUCUGGAAUGGUUGCCCCCAUGGCCAUGCCCACAGGCUAUAUGGGGGGCAUGCAGGCAUCAAUGCUUGGGGUGCCAAAUGGGAUGCUGACCACCCAGCAGGCUGGCUACAUGGCAGGCAUGGCAGCUAUGCCUCAGACUAUGUAUGGGGUUCAGCCAGCUCAGCAGCUGCAGUGGAACCUUACUCAGAUGACUCAGCAGAUGGCUGGGAUGAACUUCUAUGGAGCCAACGGCAUGAUGAACUAUGGACAGUCAAUGGGCAGCGGAAACGGCCAGGCAGCCAAUCAGACUCUCAGUCCUCAGAUGUGGAAAUAAAAGCAAAGCACCUGUGUGGCUGCCAUUCUUCUCAGCCCUUUCCCUCCCCCAUUUUCUUCUUCCUGCAGCCCUCUUCCAUCCCCCUUUCCUACCUCUCUGUUUGGUUUAGAAAUGCUCAAUAAGUCAUUUGGGUUUGGCAUCCUGCCCAACCUGGCCACUUCCCGAACACACAGCCCUCUCUGUUGCUUUCUGUUGUUCACGUCCCCUGGCUGUCCCAUUUCCUCCUCAGCCACAGCUCCUGUCCUCUCCUGGCACCAGCACCUUAGAAGCUAUGGGCAGAUGAGGGCAUUUGAACUACGGGGAAAUGUGCACACCUUCCCUCGUGGAGCCUUGGGAAGUUCUGUAUGUGACAUGUAUUUGACAAAGAGGGGAGGGUAUGGAGGACCUUCAUGUGUUAAUCAGCUGUGUCUAAAGUGUUUAAAGUUUUGGUUGAAGAGGGAGGCUCCAUGUUUCCAACUUCCUGGGAGUGGAGGAAGUACUGCACUCCAAUACUCUUGGGGCCUUUGAUCUGGUUGAGCCUGGGAGAACGAAGCAAGCCCCUUCCUGUGAGGAUGAGCAAAAAUAUUUCUUCCCUUCACCCUGAGUGCUUUGUGGAUCUGGGGCUUCGGGACUUGCUGCUUCAGCCAGCCUUUUUCAGCACCAAAGACUUCAUGGAGGUCCCACACACAAACACAUAUCCCUUGCCCACCCUCGACCUGCCUCCAGCAGGAUCCAGCCCAGGACUGGAGGACCAACCCCUGUGCAGGAAUUCAGAGUUUAACAUGUGCACUGUUUGUGUGUGCGUGCGUGUGCGUGCAUGUGUGCGUGUGUGUGCGUGUGUGUGUGUGUGUGUAUCCUACCUCCCAUCUUCUCCCCAUCUGCUCUGGGCAUUUUCCUUUGUGUUUAUAGUUUCAGGGUUCCAGCAGAGAAGUGUUAAUUUAUCAACAGCCUGAAACUGUUGUCAGGUUAUCUUAUAGUUUUAAAAACCUGCCAUAUCAUUGAUAGCUGCCUCUCCUUUCCCUCCUCCCACCUGCCAAUCACUGUCUGACGUCUGCGCGUCAGAGCGCGCUGUUUGCUCACCUUUUCCAGGCAUCUGAGGCAGAGAGCCUGGAUAGCUUUUCUCUCGGCCAUUGUUCACCCCACUUGAAAAUUCAAACAAGAAAACUUGGCUUAAACGAUUUCAUGUGUGGGAACUGCAAUGCCUGGUUGCCUUUUUCCUGUGUAUGUAUGUGUAAAUUCCUUAAUAAAUAUUGCAGGGAAGGACUGUU